AUGUACCUAAGGCAGAAUAUUCGUAUAUUACCUGCUUCUAUAACGAGAGCGACAAGACAAGACGAGACGAGAGCGACAAGACAAGACGAGACAAGCGCAACGAGACAAGACAAGACGAGACGAGCGCGACGAGACAAGACGAGACGAGACAAGCGCGACGAGAUAAGACGAGACGAGCGCGACGAGACGAGACGAGACGAGAGCGAUAAGACAAGACAAGACGAGACAAGACGAGACGAGAGCGACAAGAGAGGAGAGCGACAAGACGAGAGCAACGAGACAAGACGAGAGCGACGAGAGCGACGAGAGCGACAAGACAAGACGAGACAAGCGCAACGAGACAAGACGAGACGAGCGCGACGAGACGAGACGCGACGAGACUAACGAGACGCGACGAGACUAACGAGACCGACGAGACUAACGAGACCGACGAGACCGACGAGACCGACGAGAUAUAACGAGACCGACAAGAUACGACGAGACCGACGAGACGCGACGCGACGAGAGCGACGCGACGUAACGUAACGCAACGAGGGCGACGAGAGCGACGAGAGGAAUAAGAGCAACGAGAGGAAUAAGAGCAACGAGAGGAACGAGACGCAAAAUACCUACCUAGAAAGGAGAGAGAGAGAGAGAUAGAAUACCUAAGAGAAAUAUUUUGAGAUAUCUUCUGCCUAAGGCAUAUUAUAAC